CCAGCCUUCUGCUUGCCAGCCCUCUCGGCAAGGGAGGACUCCGUUUGCUUGAGAGGACUUGAGUAGAAUUUUAGGGAAGAAGUCCAGGUAUCACCGGCAAUGUUGUGUGUUUUGAGAAUGAUGUCUUAACAGGAUCUGUUUUAGAGAGACACCUCAACAUGAAAAUGGCUUGGAUAACCAGAGGCUUCCUUGAGGUAAGUGGGCGGUCAGGUGAAGAUGACUGCCAACAAGAGCACCAAGGCCGCACCCAGAACAGGAGUGGGUAAGGAGGCCCAGGAGAUCCCCGACAGGUGCCAGUCUGUUUCCCCUCCUCCCCUUCUCUCGUCUGGCAAGGGCUUGUGCCACACCUCCCUCAACGACCGCGAGGACUCGGCGCCGCUGUCCAGGUACGCCAGAGGCAACUGCAAGCACCUGAGCCUGCGGAACUGGCAAGAGAAGAGUGCCAGCCUGCGCACGGGCGCCCCGCUCUCCGCCGACUUCGAGUCCCAGAGCCGACUCAUCAAGGCCAGGAGCAUCAGCUGCCUGGACAAGAGGCUCUCCAUCUUCAAGCCCACCACACCGGCCGACGCGGGAAGCCAGGAGCCGAAAGAGAACCAGCAGCAGCAGCAGCAGCAGGAGCAGGAGGCUGACCAGGCCAAGGAGGGUCUGAGUGCGGGGCCUCUGAGCUGGAGCACGCUCUCCCUGGGGCCCAGCUCGUCCACCUCCUUCUCCGCAGCGGCCAACAACGGCCACAAGCGCACCUUCUCGCUUAGCCGCACCAGCGGCGUAGGCCCCUACUCAGCCACCAUCCGCAAGAAGAUCUCGGAAUGGGAGUGUCGACGUGUGUCUCUCCCUAGGAUGAGCCUGUGUCUGGACAAGAGGCCGGGGGGCGGUGGAGAGCGGGUGGGGGGUGGCGGGGGGGACGGUCUCCCGCCUUCGCCCUGCAGCGAGAAGAGCUUUGACUUCAAGGGCGGGCGCAGGAUGAGCACGGCCUUUUCGGAGUGCUCCUACCCUGAGACGGAGGAGGACGAGGUGUUGACGUCCGACAGGGAGUCCGUGGGACGCUUCCAGAAGAAGUUGGGGAAGACCGAAGGGUCCGGCGUCCUCCUGCGCUCCCUGACGGCACGCAAGGAAACCUCGGCCGUUCUCAACCGGAUACAGAAAAUCGAGCAGGCGUUGAAGGACAGUCCCACUCCGUCUCCACCCCAGUAUCUCAGCAACUGCUAUGGCCUGGACAAGGGGCGGCACAAGUCGUUCACCAUCGGUGGACUGGAGGACUUGGACAGUGCCUGCGGCAGUAAGCGGAGCAGUAUCUGCUCCAUUGCCACUGAGCCAGACCUGGCGCCGGCGUCCGACAGGCUCUCCAAGCUCCGUCAGCGGUUCAGCAUGUGCUCUGCCCGCUCCGAGAGUCCCGAGCCUCCGGCUGCCAGUCCUGGCGGCACGCCGGUCAACCCUUUGCCCAAACCCAGACGCACCUUUGAGUAUGACGCCAACCGCAACCAUAAGGGCGCGACCCCCAGCAACGGACUACCUCCCACGUGCGAGUCGCCACCACCACUGCCCUCGACCCCUGCCCCCUCCCUCUCACGGAACCCCAAGACUGACCGAGGCUCCUCCAAAAAGACCCAGGAUAGGGAGUCGUUUGAGUCCGAGGAUGCCGCCAGCUUACCCUCCUCUUACCCGUCCUCUCCCACCGAGAACGGCACGACCUCCACGGGCACGCCCAGUCGCCCCAGCUCCAAGAGCCCGCAAGAGGAAAACGCCUACGAGGACAUAGUGGAAUCUAUGCGGGAGAACCCGUAUGAGGACGUGGACCUGAAAGGACGGAUUUUGGGUCGGAAGUCUCGAGGGUCACUGAACCAUUUAUGGUCCUCUCAGGAUCGGAAGCUGAAUUCUCCUCCUCAGCUGCCCUCUAAACCGAGCAGUCAGUCGUUGCGGUUGCCUGGGCCUACAGACAGGAAGAGCCACCGGACGUCCCGGCUGGCCAAGCGGCACAGCCACGAUGACAUGCUGCUCCUGCCGCAGUUGAGUGUGUCGACCUCCUCCUGUGGCCUGCUCGACGACACCCUGAGCACUGCCAGCGACACGCUGACCUCUCGCAGACACAGAAGGGUACCCAAGUUGGUCCAGAGGAUCAACUCCAUCUACUCGACCAAGAGAGGCAAGAAGCGGCUCAAGAAGCUCACCCUGUCCAACAUUGAAACUUCAUCUCUGAGAGAUGACAAUAGUGAGAGUGAGAGCGACUCUGACGACAGGUUUAAAGCACACACGCAGAGGCUUCUGAAGCUCCAGUCCAUGCUGCGGCGGGCUCCCAGCUAUCGCACCCUGGAGCUGCAGCUCUUGGAGUGGCAGGAGCGGGAGCUGUUUGAGUACUUUGUGGUGGUCUCCCUCAAGAAGAAGCCCACCAAGAACUCCUACACCCCUGAGGUUACCUACCAGUUCCCCAAGCUAGAGAGGCCCACCAAGCAGAUGCGGGAGGCUGAGCAGAGACUCAAAGCCAUCCCUCAGUUCUGCUUCCCAGAUGCCAAAGACUGGACUCCUGUGGCCGAAUACAGCAGUGAGACCUUCUCCUUCAUGCUCACUGGAGAGGAUGGCAGCCGGCGGUUUGGCUACUGCAGGCGUCUCUUGCCGAGCGGAAAGGGGCCUCGCCUGCCAGAGGUCUACUGCGUCAUCAGCAGGCUGGGCUGUUUCGACCUGUUCUCCAAGAUCCUGGAUGAGGUCGAGCGGCGUCGUGGCAUCUCGGCCGCUCUGGUCUACCCCUUCAUGAGGAGCCUGAUGGAGUCGCCCUUCCCCGCACCCGGGAAAACUAUCAAGGUCAAGACCUUCCUGCCUGGAGCAGGGAAUGAGGUGAUUGAGUUGCGGCGGCCGAUGGACUCUCGUCUGGAGCACGUGGACUUUGACAGCUUGUUCAGCUGCCUGAGUGCGAGGCAGGUGGUGCGCGUCUUCGCCUCCCUGCUGCUGGAGCGCAGGGUCAUCUUUGUGGCCGAAAAACUCAGGUACGAAUGUGUGGUCACCUUUGUGGCCGAAAAACUCAGGUUUGAAUUUGUGUACAAGUGUGUGGUUAUCUUUGUGGUCGUCUCUGAUAUGUGGUGGUGCAAACAUGAUGAUCUUUGUUUGAAUUCGUCACAUCUCAUUUUGCCUACGAUUCAAAAGCUGGGAAUUGUGGGAUAGUAUGAAGACAGUGCAUGACAGAAUGACAGAGUGAAUGACAGAAGUCCAGCAAAGACAUGUUGUGUUGGUUUUACACAGUCCUAUAUGUUUGGAUUAAUAUAGGCCUAUGUAUGAAUGCCUAUUCUCUACAGCCGAAAUGAAACCUUCACCAUGAUACUGCAAGUGCCUCCACUCUCCGAAAUAAGACAUACAUGUAGCUGUGCAUUGUGCCGUCUCUAAAGAACUGUCUGUUUGGAGUCCCGUUGACCAGUGUUUCUCUUCUGUCCCCUCUUCUGUCCGAGGAAAAGAGAGAACACAUCUGUGUGUGAUCUGGCCAUUGUUACCAUGAAUACCCACUGAGCAGUCGAUUUAAAUUUCGGAACAUACAGUACAUAGGCUAAAUUGUGGGUGCUAUUUAUAAAUUGAAGCUGCACUUUGCUGGAGCAGACUGCGGCUCAUAGCCAUAAAUGGUCAAAUCACCUCCCAGAAUGCUGGGUGCUUAUGGAGCACAGUGGCCACCGCGAGCAGCUAUUCCUGUCUAGAGUUACAGCAGAUGUUCCCAAUAAUCCUCCUCCUCCUCAGUUAGCACUAAUGGCCAGUGGCACUUCCCUUUGUUCCUGCACUCACUCAGAGCCCGUACAAACAGCAUCUGUCUCUGCUGAGAGCAGCGCUUCGUCUCCGGGCCACAGAGCCUUUUCCCCCUGUGAAUGAUGGAGCUCACUGGAGCUGUGGUUCCACUGUUUUUGCGCCCUGCCUCUUCUCUGAAUUGAGUUCCGUUAUUUUUUUUUUUUUACUUAGUCAUAAUCGCAGUCUUGCUCUGGACGAGAGGGUCAGCCACAACUCCCAAGCGAUAAAUUAGGGACAGCCCAAAAUCUUCAAUGGCAUAUUUACCAGGAUGCAUGGGGGAUCACCGCGGAGCUGCCAGUGCAUUUUUUGGCUCUGCAGAUGCCCGUAUGGCAGGCUGGGUUCGCUGUCCGCAGCGCUUGUCAUCCGCCCAACCAGCCUGCUAAUAGCAGCCUUUCGCUGUGGUUUUCCCCUCACAGUAGUACAGUAGACGCACACACACACACACACACACACACACACACACACACACACACACACACACACACACACAUGGAGCUGCUAAAUCAAUCAGGAGAAACCAUCUUUCCCCAAGCGGCCGCACCCUCCUCUGCUCCUGUGCCCAGUCCGCGGGCGAAAGCGAAACUCCUUCCCUGCCCCCUGCGAGGGUCCGCCUGCCUGCUUGCCCGCUGGGACGCAGAAGUGGGUCAGCACUGUGCCAGGGGCCUGUCCCAAGCCACCGGACCGGGGUGGAUAAGACGGACAGGUCCCCAGGGGCCCUCGGGCGGUCACGGAACCCUGCGGGGCCAGCGACGGGUCGUUAGCGAGCGGGUAUUUGUGAAAUGCUAAUCUCCAGAAAUCAAGAGGACAGUUUAAACAAACAGCAGCAGGGGACCUGGGGCGGACUAUGACGAAGAGAGGAAAGAAUGCACUUCCUGUGUGUGUGUGUUUGUGUGUGUGUGUCUGUGUGUUUGUGUGUGCGAGUGAGCGUGUUUGUGUGUUUUUGUAAGUGUAUGUGAUUCCCUUGUCUGAU